CUCACUCUCAGGCUCAGCACACACACACAACAAACCCCAAACACUCUCGCUCUCUCUCUUAUGGAUUGUCGGCCAAUCAACACACUUUAGUCGUCGCUCGCCAGAAAGUCGCCGGAAUCUGACACAUUUAGGUCUUGUUCCAUCUCAAAGGAGAUUUCAACCCUUCGGAAAGGACUCAUAUUAGGAUCCGAGUUCUUUUUUCGUGCGCAGUACUAGUAUUACUCUUUUAUAUAUUGACUUUCUUUACAGUAUAUUGUAUUAGAGAUCGCCAGUUGAGAAUUGAGGACACAGAGAGAGAUAUGUAUGUAGUUCCACCUCCGAAACGCAACGAUCCGAUAUACGGAUCGGAUAGAUUUCGGGUUUACCAGACAUGGAAAGGAAGCAAUAUUUUUUUUCUUCAGGGAAGGUUUAUUUUUGGACCCGAUGUAAGAUCUCUGGCGUUGACCAUAUUCCUUAUUGUUGCUCCCGUCACUGUUUUCUGUGUCUUUGUUGCCAGAAAACUUAUGGAUGAUUUUUCUCACCACUUUGGAAUAUCAAUUAUGGUUGUCGCAGUUGUAUUUACUUUUUACGUUUUAGUUCUUCUCCUGCUAACCUCUGGAAGAGAUCCUGGGAUCAUUCCUCGUAAUGCACACCCCCCAGAACCUGAAGGCUAUGAUGGAAGUGCAGAAGGUGGUAGCCAAACUCCACAAUUACGCCUGCCUCGCAUCAAGGAAGUAGAGGUUAAUGGCAUUACUGUAAAGAUCAAGUAUUGUGAUACCUGCAUGCUUUAUAGACCUCCUCGCUGCUCACAUUGUUCUAUCUGCAAUAAUUGUGUUGAGCGAUUUGACCAUCAUUGCCCUUGGGUUGGGCAGUGCAUUGGGCUGCGGAAUUAUCGAUUCUUCUUCAUGUUUGUCUUCUCGACGACUCUUCUUUGUAUAUAUGUCUUUAGUUUCUGCUGGGUAUACAUUACGAGGAUCAUGGAUUCAGAGAAUACCACAAUAUGGAAAGCAAUGAUUGAAACCCCUGCUUCCAUAGCUCUAAUCGUUUACACCUUCAUAUCAAUGUGGUUUGUUGGUGGGCUCAGCGCCUUUCAUUUAUAUCUCAUCAGCACAAAUCAGACCACUUACGAGAAUUUUAGAUAUCGAUAUGAUCGGCGAGCCAACCCUUAUAACCAAGGAAUUGUGGAGAACUUCAAGGAGAUAUUGUGCACCAGUAUCCCACUGUCCAAGAAUAAUUUCAGGGCAAAGGUGCCAUGGGAACCUGAGUUACCAGCUCGAUCUGUGGGUGGGGGUUUUGUUAGUCCCAACAUGGGUAAAGGUGUGGAGGACAUAGAAAUGGGCAGAAAGGCAGUAUGGGGAGAUAUUGGCACUGGGGCUGAUCACCAUGAAGAGCGGCUUAGUGACACUGAUGGCCUGAACAUUAAGAAUGGUGGAUUAGGUGAAAUGUCUCCCGAGAUGAGGACUACUGUAAAUGAAGGAGAUCGUGCUGGAAUACAUACCAGGAGAUCCAGUUGGGGAAGGAGAAGUGGAAGUUGGGAAAUGUCACCUGAGGUUCUGGCUUUAGCAUCUAGAGUGGGAGAACCAAACCGAAUGGGUGGGAGCAGCAGUCGUAGCAGCUUGAUCUCCUCCUGGGCUGCAGAACCUAAGCUGUAAUGGACGGAUAGGGUUGAAAGAGAGAUUUAACUUGGUUGCUUGAAGCAGGCUUUUUGAGGUCUGUUGUGUGCUCAUUCAAACUUAUACGAUGUGCACUAUGUAGGACUUGCUUUGACAGGGUGUUAGAAGUGCUGGUUUAGCAAUUGUGCUUUCCGAAGGAGUGGUGUGGUGUGGUGUUGUGGUAAGAGUUGCUUUCUUCUUCAUUCCUGAUUUGUAUUGCAUUCUAGUGCCUAAAUGUUUUCAUUCCCUUUAUGGGGCUGUGGUAAUUGACAACCUUGCUUUAUAUGCUC